UCUUCGCAUAAUCUUCGCGCGUAUAUUGUUGUGGAUGCUGUGGAAGCAGCAAAAAAAAACAAAAAAGAACAAACAAACCUGGAAUUCAAGUUUUAUAAGGAAGCAAUAAUACAAUAGUCGUUGGGAUUGGAGUUUAGUUUAGAUUUGGAUUCGGUCGUGAUCGGAAGUCAUUGGCUAUAAAUUGGGCAACGCGUGUUUUGUGAUAAGUUAGAGAUCAAAAUGAAAUAUUUCACCUAUGUUGUAGUACUUUCGGUGCUGGUGGCACUGACCAGCGCUCAAAGUGGAGAUGCAGCUUCGAAACACAAGACGAACACGGCAGCGUUCGAGGAAAUUCAAGUUCAGUCAUCAUUAAAUGUGCGUAAAACUAAUCUGCCGGCCCGGAGGCACGUGAGAAGCAUCGAGGAUUUACUUCUGAAUGGAAUGUAUUCUGGGAGCCAGCACACCGUAAAAUCUCGUACUAAGCGCCAGUUUGGCAAAUUCGGAGCAACUAGCUCGAAUGCAAAUGCUAACGCCUUCAACCAACAGUUUGGUCCACAGGGAUUCGGUGCCAGUGCAGCUAACGCAGGUGCUCAGUCGUUCUAUAACCAAGGUCCACUAGGAGGAUUUGGUGCGUCGGCAGCAAAUGCGCAAUCGCAAGGGUUCCAAGUUGGGCCUGGUGGAAUAACGGGAUCCGCUGGAAUGUCUGGCAGCCAGUCGUACUCGCUUCCCGGAAAUCGCGAUAUCAGUCUUUCGUACACUCAGGGAUUCUCGGUGGCCAACGGAAAACCAAGUGUAUCUCAAGGAAACUCCAUCAGCAUCUCCGGAUAAAAUUAUGAUCGAUCGAAACGCCCACAAAAUAUAUUUUGCUGCUGAAUAUAUCGAAAAA